UUCUCCUGUCACCUGGCCAAACCUGGGGGAGGAGCAGCCUGGGGGAGAAGGUGCUUCCGUGGUCACCCUGUUCCCUCCAGGAGCUGCUCAUGCAGACCUGAGGGGACAGAGACUGACCGCGGAGAGGUUAAGCUCUCUUCUCUUCCAUCUGUAUUUUCUCUUCUCGUUGCUUCUCUGUGACCUUGCCUCCCCCUUCUCUUUGCUUUUCUUGCCAGUAUAAGAGUUCUCUCUGGAGCCGUCUGAGAACUCGGGGCGCAGGUGCACGGUCUGUACAGGAGACUGUAAAGAUGGCAGAAGCUCACCAAGCGGUGGCUUUCCAGUUCACCGUCACCCCGGACGGCAUCGACCUGCGGCUGAGCCACGAGGCCCUUAAGCAGAUCUAUCUGUCGGGACUGCACUCCUGGAAGAAGAAGUUCAUCAGAUUCAAGAAUGGCAUCAUCACUGGCGUGUACCCGGCCAGCCCGUCCAGUUGGCUCAUCGUGGUAGUGGGCGUGAUGUCCACCAUGUACGCCAAGAUUGACCCCUCGCUGGGGAUAAUCGCGAAGAUCAAUCGGACCCUUGACACCACGGGCUCCAUGUCCAGCCAGACGAAGAACGUGGUGAGCGGCGUGCUGUUCGGCACGGGCCUGUGGGUGGCCCUCAUCUUCACCAUGCGAUACUCCCUGAAGGUGCUGCUCUCCUACCACGGCUGGAUGUUCACCGAGCACGGCAAGAUGAGCCGCGCCACCAAAGUCUGGAUGGGGAUGGUCAAGAUCUUCUCGGGCCGAAAGCCCAUGUUGUACAGCUUUCAGACGUCCCUGCCGCGCCUGCCGGUCCCUUCGGUGAAGGACACCGUGAGCAGGUACCUGGAGUCGGUGAGGCCUCUCAUGAAGGAGGCCGACUUCAAGCGGAUGACGGCCCUCGCCGAAGAUUUUGCUGUCAGCCUCGGCCCCAAAUUACAGUGGUACCUGAAGCUGAAGUCCUGGUGGGCCACCAAUUAUGUGAGCGACUGGUGGGAGGAAUACAUCUACCUCCGAGGCCGGGGCCCGCUGAUGGUGAACAGCAACUACUACGCCAUGGACCUGCUGUACGUGGUGCCCACGCACAUCCAGGCGGCCAGGGCGGGCAACGCCAUCCACGCCUUCCUGCUGUACAGACGCAAGCUGGACCGGGAGGAGCUCAAGCCGAUUCUCCUCCUGGGGUCCACGGUCCCGCUCUGCUCGGCGCAGUGGGAAAGGAUGUUCAACACGUCGCGGGUCCCGGGAGAGGAGACCGACACCAUCCAGCACGUCCGGGACAGCAAGCACAUCGUGGUGUUCCAUAGGGGGCGCUACUUCAAGGUCUGGCUGUACCAUGACGGCCGGCUGCUGAGGCCCCGGGAGCUCGAGCAGCAGAUGCAGAGGAUCUUGGACGACCCCUCCGAGCCUCAGCCCGGGGAGGCAAAGCUGGCGGCCCUCACGGCGGGAGAAAGGGUGCCCUGGGCCAGGUGUCGCCAAGCCCACUUCGCUCGUGGGAAGAACAAGCAGUCCCUGGACGCCGUGGAGAAGGCGGCGUUCUUCGUGACCCUGGACGAGACCGAGCAGGGGUACAGGAGGGAGGACCCGGACACGUCCAUGGACAGCUACGCCAAGUCCCUCCUGCACGGCAGGUGCUUCGACAGGUGGUUUGAUAAGUCUUUCACGUUUAUCGUCUUCAAAAACGGGAAAAUAGGCAUGAACGCCGAGCACUCCUGGGCCGACGCACCCAUUGUGGGGCACCUCUGGGAGUACGUUUUGGCCACCGACAGCUUUCAGCUGGGCUAUUUGGAGGACGGGCACUGUAAAGGGGACACCAACCCGAACAUUCCACACCCCACCCGGCUGCAGUGGGACAUCCCGGAGGAGUGCCAAGAGGUGAUCGAGACGUCCCUGACCAGCGCCAACCUCCUGGCCAACGACGUGGACUUCCAUUCCUUUCCUUUCGACACUUUCGGGAAGGGGCUGAUCAAGAAGUGCCGCACCAGCCCCGACGCAUUCGUCCAGCUGGCCCUGCAGCUGGCGCACUACAAGGACAUGGGCAAGUUCUGCCUCACGUACGAGGCCUCAAUGACCCGGCUCUUCCGCGAGGGCAGGACAGAGACCGUGCGGUCCUGCACCGUCGAGUCCUGCAGCUUCGUGCUCGCCAUGGUGGACCCCUCCCAGACGCUGGAGCAGAGACUCCGCAAGUUCAAGAUUGCGUCGGAGAAGCACCAGCAUCUGUACCGCCUGGCGAUGACCGGCUCGGGCAUUGACCGGCACCUCUUCUGCCUGUACGUGGUGUCCAAGUACCUGGCCGUCGAGUCCCCCUUCCUGAAGGAGGUCUUGUCCGAGCCUUGGAGGUUGUCGACCAGCCAGACCCCUCAGCAGCAGGUGGAGUUGUUCGAUUUGGAGAGGAAUCCGCAGUAUGUGUCCAGCGGAGGGGGCUUUGGGCCGGUCGCCGACGACGGCUACGGCGUGUCCUACAUCCUGGUGGGAGAGAACCUCAUCAAUUUCCACGUUUCCUCCAAGUUCUCCUGCCCCGAGACGGAUUCUCAUCGCUUCGGGAAGCACCUGAGACAGGCGAUGACCGACAUCAUCAGCCUGUUUGGGUUCAGCCCCAACUCCAGAAAGUAAUUCCCGGGACGGCUGCCAGAGAGGAAAAGGAGCUCGUCUGUUUUCAAAACAAAACAAAACAAAAAACCACAAAUGAAAAGUAGCUAUUACUCCUGGUCGUAGUUCAGGAAGAAAAAUUGCUCUUAAAAACUCGGAACUUUCCUUGCCACCUAGGGUUUCUGGAACAGCCACCCCACUGUGUGAAGUAUCACCCCACUCCUUUUAGGCAGGCCCUGACUCGGGGGACGUUUGAGGAAGAGCCCCCCGAAAGUCUUCCCAUCGCCUCGUGUUUGCUGCGGGAUGAAAAUAUCGCUGAGCUCAUUAAGGAAUGAGUGGGGUGGUGGCUUCACACGUGUUGGAAACGGGGCAGUCACACUUCCUCGGUGGCAACCCGGUACCUGGUACUUAUGGGUGUUUAAUUUUUUCAGAGUGAAAGCAUUUGUUCUGUCCAGAGAGAAAGCGCCGUGUGGGUUGAAGAUGUUAACAGCUAAGAGCCGAUGGACGCACAUGUAACGCACUAACUUCAAACGCUGCGCUUUUGAACAGUUUUGUCCCUGGGGUAACUGUCCCCGUCUGGCUUGGUCACCUGUGUGUUCCCCUGUCCGCGUUUCAAGCACGUAGUUUGCGCAUCUGUAGUUUUCCCGACCUCACGAGUGUUCAAACCCCAGUGCCUUAAAAUCGGGAGGCCCUGAAUGUCGGGGGGACCCAGGAAGAGCUUGUUUUGCAAAGUCUUUAGGUGGAGUUGCGCGUGUCCUGCUCCUUCCCUGUUUCCUGGGCGGCUGACCCCUAAAUAGCACGUUUCUGCGGUUCCCCGGCCCCUAGGAAGACUGGCUCCCUCCCGGGGGCAGCUGCGUGGGCUCCCCCGGCGCGCCUGCCUUUUGAGAGCGGGCGCGCGUCAGAAAUGGGGAAGGUUGGAUGGGCGGUCCAAGAUUGUGCGCCCGGAGCGUUCCCUGAACAAUAAAAUACCCUGUGUGCCUCAGCGGCACUGCUUCCCAGGCUGACGGCAAGCAGGCGGUGACUCCUGCCCCUGAGAGAGGAACAAAACUUGAGAAAGGGGGAGAGGAGCCUCCGAAUGGUCUGGAGAGGGAGCGCCGCUGUGCCAGGCAGAGGGCGUUCUCUCCCACCUGGUGAGAGAGGACCUGCUGUUUCCCAAGCAGGUGGGGAGCAGUGCGCCCUCGGGGACCAGCUCAAACGUCACGGGCGAUGGGUGCUGGGUCUCACCCAGCCCACCCUUCAGCCCAGCCUUAUCGAAAAAGGGUGAGUGACCAAAAUAAGCACUUACGCACUGAGUCGUCUUCAGUAUUUAAUGUAAAAAGAAAGGAUCCCGGAAUGAAAUUCCACUGUCUCUGGCUGUUGUGAU